AUGACUUCUUCCCAGACAGCAGGAGAGACAGAGCGGCCAGUUUCAGAGGGAGGAAGCCCAGAGGAGAGGGAUCCAGUAGAAGAUGGCACUGAAUCUGGUGCUCUUGAGGUGGUCUCUGUAACAGAUGAGGACCUUCCUGUUGUUGAGACCCCCACCACCUUCAACGUGAGCUCCUUUAGCAGUCAAAACAGUCAUUUCAUUCACUUCAAUGGCCCGGACAUGCAGGACCCCCAUGUGCCUGUUGAGUUGCCCACUGAGGUGUCCGCCUCACUGCCUGUGUAUAAAACACUUAACAUUCAAAUCCCACCCAGCCCAGGUGUGCCCAUCAUCAAGGUCCAGCCCUUUUUUGAUGGAGAAGACCUUUCAGACUUCAAGUCUUUCUGUUGGCCGUACAUAUCUCGCAGAUUGCUGGUGCUGCUCAUUAGCUUAGGUUUGAUAAUAGCUCUGACUCUGGCUCUAGGAAUUGGUUUAGGAGUGGGUCUGGAGAGUUGUUCAGGAAAGUUCCGCUGUGUGUUAUCAGUUCGGUGUAUCAGCGUAGCUGCUGUAUGUGAUGGAGUUCAGGACUGUGGAGACGGAGAAGAUGAACUCAACUGUGUGCGUGUGAGUGGAAAGAGCUCAGUGCUUCAAGUGUACAACAGGGGUUUAUGGAGGACUGUGUGUUUUGAAGAUUGGAAUACCAACCUGAGCUCCUUAGCCUGCAGACAACUGGGAUACAACAGCUAUGUGAGCUCUAAUGCCAUUCCUAUCACAUCCAUUGAAGCCAUCUUCAAGAACAAUCUAAUAGCUCUUAACAUCAACCAACAAGCCCUUCUAGAAACCUUCAAGAUCCACAACACCUCCUUCAUCAGAAAGACUCAGUGCAGUUCUGGUACAGUGACUGUUCUCAAAUGUAUAGAGUGUGGUUCCAGGCCAGCUAUCAGGAGUCGAAUUGUAGGGGGAAAUGUUUCAAGCACUGGGCAGGUCCCAUGGCAGGUCAGCUUGCAUUACCAGAACCAGCAUCUCUGUGGAGGAUCAAUCAUCAGUGACCGGUGGAUAGUCACUGCUGCUCACUGUGUCUAUGGUUUCGCUCAGCCAAUGUUAUGGUCAGUGCAUGCUGGGGUUAUAGAUCAGCCAGUGAGUGGAUCUGAAGCUCUUUCUGUGGAGGAAAUCAUCUACCAUACUAGCUACAAGCCAGAGGGACUCAGCUAUGACAUAGCAUUAAUAAAGCUAAAGCUUCCUCUGUCUUUUAACGAUCAGGUGGUACCUAUCUGUUUGCCCAGUUACGGUGAAAACUUUGAGGCUGGACAGAUGUGUUUGAUCUCAGGCUGGGGAGCCACACAGGAUGGUGGAGAGGCCAGUGUAUCGCUUCACACUGCUCAGGUGCCCUUACUCUCCAGUGGAGAGUGCCGCAGGCCGGGUCUCUCUUCAUGGGACAUUUGUGCAGGAUACCUGGAGGGCGGGGCUGGAACAUGUCAGGGGGACAGCGGAGGGCCUCUGGCCUGUCGGGGGUCAUUAUGGACACUGGUGGGGGCAGCCAGCUGGGCUCAGAGCUGUGGACAGGAGAACAAACCAGGAGUUUACACCAGCAUAACACAAGCUCUGAUGUGGAUUCACCAACAAAUGGAGAAAGCAGAAGAUCAAAGUCAGUGGGGAUCUCAUGGUGGACGAGCUCCUGCUGAAUCAUGGAUCUGAUAAACUGAAAGAAUUUGUAAAGUUUGGCACGACCUAGUAGCCAAAUUGUGGCUUUUGAAAGAUAUUUAUGUCAUAUAGUGAUGUGUGUUACAGUCAUAUUCAGAGACACUGAUAAAA